GUUCAGCGAGAGAUGCCGCUAAGGACCGUACUUUUGCUGCUCGCCGUGCUCAUCGCCUCCGCGUAUGAACUGGAUCAGAACGAAUCCUAUUCGCCGAGGAGAGCACGCUUCUCUGCCAACAGCCCCUCGGAUGUGGCACGCUGCUUGAACAGUGCCCUCCAGGUGGGCUGCAGUGCCUUUGCUUGUCUUGAAAACUCAACGUGUGACACAGAUGGCAUGCACGACAUCUGCAAGUCGUUUCUCUACAGUGCUGCUAAAUUCGACACUCAGGGCAAGGCUUUUGUGAAGGAAAGCUUGAAGUGUAUCGCCAAUGGCAUUACCUCCAAGAUCUUUCUAACAGUCAGACGGUGUUCCACUUUCCAGAGGAUGAUUUCUGAAGUUCAAGAAGAGUGUUACAGCAAGUGGGACAUUUGUACAGUGGCCAAAUCGAACCCAGAGGCCUUUGCAGAGGUGGCGCAGCUACCCAGUCGCUUUCCUAACAGGUUUUAUGGGAAACUACUGCAGAGUUUGAUGGAGUGUGACGAAGAGACAGUGGACUUGGUGAGGGCAAAUCUGUUGACCCGAUUAGGGCCUGAGAUUGCCAUGCUCUUCCAACUACUGCAGAACAAGCCGUGUCCGUCUGCCACAGCACCUACUGGAAUGGAGAUUCGUGGUGGGUGGCGGUGGUCUGUCAGUCCCCAAGGAUACAAGAGCCAGCCAAAUCUACGCAACAGAGAUGCAACGAAUCUCUUUGGCAAGAAACGCAAUAUUGGUGACAGCUCUUAACUUCAGACCAAUUUGC